UUUCUUAUAGAACCGGUGUUAUUCGGGGUAGGACAUAACAAACAAUCAUUGUGUAAUCUUAAAAUAUUAUCAAAUCAUGUUAGGUUCAUUCCGUGUUGCAUAAUUACAUGUCAGGUUCAGAGUACAAUAACAACACAAGUACGUCUUUGCUCACGUUAAGUCGACGAGAACUACUAGUAUACUUCUAGCUGCCAACAACACACGCGUGUAAAAUACUUGGCACGUGCAAAGUGGUUCAUCAUCCACAUCCAAUUUUAGAGAGAGGCUUUCAACAUGGGUUGGAGAGGAAUAUUGGGUUUCGAAUAUGGCAUAGUUCAGGCACCAUUAGGUCCUGAUAUCUCUGGUCCUCAACUUGUUGCUGCUGUUGCCAAUGCUGGUGCUCUUGGCCUACUCAGAGCUCCUGAUUGGGAAUCCCCGGAUUACUUGAGGGAGCUCAUAAAAAAAACCAGGACAUUAACUGAUAAACCCUUUGGGGUUGGUUUGGUUCUAGCUUUUCCUCAUGAGGAGAAUUUAAAGGCUAUUCUUGAUGAAAAAGUUGCAGUCUUGCAAACUUAUUGGGGUGAUUGUACACCUGAAUUGGUUGCCAAGGUUCAUUCAGCUGGGGUUAAAAUUGUUCCACAAGUUGGGAGUGUUGAAAGCGCAAAACUGGCAAUUGAUGCAGGUGUGGAUGGAAUCAUCGUACAAGGACGUGAGGCUGGUGGUCAUGUUAUUGGUCAGGAUAGUUUAAUUUCAUUGGUACCGAGGGUGGUCGAUCUUGUUGGCGACCGUGAUAUACCUGUUAUCGCAGCUGGAGCAAUUGUAGAUGCUCGUGGUUAUGUCGCUGCUUUAGCACUUGGUGCUCAAGGUGUCUGUCUAGGCACUAGGUUUCUCGCAACUGAGGAAAGCUAUGCUCAUCCUAUAUACAAAAGAAAGUUAAUUGAACUCAAUGAAACUGAGUACACAGGCGUAUUUGGCAGGGCAAGAUGGCCCGACGCACCUCAUCGUGUCCUGCAGACACCCUUCUUCAAGGAGUGGAAAUCCCUUCCAGCCCAUGAAAAUGAAGCAAACCAAUCUGUCAUUGGCCAUUCAACAAUUCACGGCGUGGAGAAAGACAUACGUCGUUUUGCCGGUACAGUCCCAAAUAUGACAACUACAGGAGAUCUCGAGAGUAUGUGUAUGUAUGCUGGUGAAGGUGUUGGUCUCAUCAAGGAAAUUUUGCAUGCUAGUGAAGUGAUAAAAAGACUAGUUGAAGGGGCUCAACUCAUAAUUCAGCAAAACUUCGAGUAGAUUGUUAAAUUUCAAAUGAAAUUAGCUCACAUUUCAAGUAGCUUGGUCAAAUCCUUAUAUGCAUUCAUCCUAUAUGCACUUCAGAAGAAAACAUAGAAAUGUGAAAACAAGAUUAAAAACUAAUAAAAAUGGUACAAUAAGUUCAUGUAGCAUUCAUAAAUAGUCUGAAAUUGAACCAUGUAAACUACAAUCUAUUUUGAUCUAGAUUAUCUCACAACACCAUAAUCUUUAUGUCCAAAUGAUGUAGGAGGAUUGUGCAUAUCAAAGAAGAAAUCGCACGUCGGAAAGCAUUUUAAUAUUUAAGCAAUAUUUAAGCAAUUUUAGUUUUAAUA